AUGGAUCCUCUCAACGAGAUAGCAGCUGUAUCACCCAUGGAAGAUGACAAGGUCGACAUCGAAGCCCAGCCAACAGACUCUUCUGCCUCCAGUUUCAAGAACGGAUCUGCCGAUCCAAAUCCUUUUUUAGAUGCAGAUCUGGCACCCUAUCUUGAGCCUAUCAAGCAGUACGAAGGAUAUCAUAGGUUUGAUCCCAAGGCAACGUGGACGCAGGACGAGGAGAAGCGCAUCGUUCGUAAGAUUGACUUGAGGAUCAUGUGUUGGACAUGCAUAAUGUUUUUUGCGCUUCAGCUGGAUCGCGGAAACCUUUCCUUCGCCCUUACAGACAACAUGCUCACCGAUCUGAACCUCUCCACAAACGACUACAAUAACGGUAACAUGAUUUUCUACCUUUGUUUCCUCACAGCCGAGGUCCCGUCUCAGCUCGUCUCCAAACGCUUAGGUCCCGAUCGCUGGUUGCCAAUUCAAAUGUCACUGUGGUCCGUGGUUGCCAUGUCUCAGGCGGCGUUGAAUGGCAAGGCGAGCUUCUUUGUGACUCGCGGUCUGCUGGGCGUCAUGGAAGGAGGUUUCAUCCCCGAUAUGGUCCUCUUUCUGAGCUACUUCUACAAGGGGAAAGAACUUCCGGUCCGACUCAGCUUCUUCUGGACCGCCAGCACGCUUACAACGAUCGUUUCGGCCUUUAUGGCGUACGGCAUUCUCCACAUGCGUGGUGUAAAUGGGCUCGCUGGAUGGAGGUAUCUCUUUCUGAUCGAAGGAGGAGUUACCUUGAUCGUAGGUUUGCUAUCUUUCGGCCUCAUGCCCCCCUCGCCCACCCAAACCGCUUCGUGGUUCCGCGGCCGGGCCGGCUGGUUCAGUCCAAGAGAAGAAGUGAUCAUGGUCAAUCGGAUCUUGAGAGACGAUCCCACGAAGGGGGAUAUGCAUAACCGGCAGGCGAUUACGCCCAAGCUUAUAUGGCAGUGUUUCACAGAUUAUCAUUCCUGGCCGAUAUAUCUCGAGAUCGGAUUGACCGGGUAUAUCCCAACGUCGCCGCCGGGAGCGUACCUUACUCUCACGCUCAAAGCUCUGGGGUUUGGCACGUUCAACUCUAACUUGCUUACGAUACCCAGCAGUGUGCUGUUUAUCAUCAACCUGUUGUUGGUAACCCAGUUGAGCAGAAGGGUGAACGAGCGAUCUUUCGUCAGUGCGAUCGGUAACCUCUGGUCUAUCCCUCUUCUCGUCGCGCUUGCCGUGCUGCCAGACACUGCAAACUCCUGGGUUCGCUAUGUCAUCCUUACCCUUCUCCUCGGCUACCCUUAUGUCCAUGCCAUCGUCGUUGGCUGGGCGUCCUGGACUGCGGGCUCAGUACGCCUCCGCACAGUCAGUGCAGCGAUGUACAACGUCUGUGUUCAGGCGGGAAACGUGAUCUCCUCGCAUAUCUACCAGGCGGACGAUGCGCCGUAUUAUCACUCGGGGAACCGCAUCCUCAUAGGCCUGGCAGUGUACAACGUUGCCCUCUUUGUGGGGACAAAGGCGUUCUACAUGUGGGUCAAUGCAGAGCGCGCCAAGGUUUGGGAUGCUAUGACCCGAGAGGAGAAGGCGCAUUAUCUGGCUACUACGGAGGAUAAGGGGAACAAGAGACUUGACUUUAGGUUUGUGCAUUAGCGGAUACGAUAGCGUGUGUAG